GAUCCUCUCUGUUGCUCUGGCUGCUCUCUGCUUUUAAGGUUCUUGCACAAUGCGAGAAAAUAGCAAUAAGAAUAGCGAUAGAAAUGUUUCAAUCAAUCGGAAACUAUGAAAAAUGUUUAAGAACAAUAAGAACCAAUCAGAAGCUGUAAAAUCAACGAACUUUAUUUUCUAUCGCUAUCGCUAUUCUCCCGUGUUGUGUAAAGACUUUUACGCACCUACACAUAUACGCACGCAAGUCAGUACCAUCGCGUUACAUUUGUGUGGCUGUGCAUCUGAAGACUGAAGGUGCUUCCUGCCACCGUACUCAAAUUCGCCUCUCCGAUGGCAUCCCCCGAGUCGAAAUCGCCUGAACAAUCUGAGAAAAAUCGAAAAUAUGAUCGCCAAUUGAGAUUAUGGGGUGAUCAUGGCCAAGCAGCUUUGGAGGCUGCUCAUGUCUGUAUCAUAAAUGCCACUGGACUUGGCACGGAGGUACUGAAGUCGCUAGUGCUUCCAGGUAUAGGAGCAUUCACCAUAGUUGAUGGCAAAAAGAUCACCGAAGAGGAUAUUGGAGCUAACUUUUUUCUAGAAGCAGAUAGUGUUGGGAAAUCGAGAGCACAGGUGGCUACUCAAAUGCUCUUAGAAAUGAAUCCAGAUGUAACUGGCGAUUACAUUGAUGAAGAGCCUGAACAAAUUUUAUCUAACAGCCCAGAUUUUUUCAAUAGCUUCACAGUGGUUGUAGCAACUGCACUGACUGAAAAAACAUUGAUUCUUCUGUCAAAGAGACUUUGGGAACUAAGUAUUCCUCUGAUAGUAUGUAAGAGCCUAGGCUUUAUCGCAUAUAUGCGCAUUCAAAUAAAAGAGCAUACAGUUGUAGAGACUCAUCCGGACAACGAGACGCAAGAUUUACGUCUGGACAGGCCAUUUGAUAGCUUGAAGAAGCACAUAGAUUCCAUAAAUUUAGAUGAAAUGAGCUUCAAAGAUCAUUGUCAUGUACCAUAUCUAAUUAUCUUGUACAAAUACUUAGAAAAGUGGGUUUCCGAGCAUGGUACUUUACCGAAAACUUACAAAGAGAAGCAACAACUUAGGAACGUGAUAGAGAAUGGCAUGAGACGCGAUGAGCACGAUUCAUCUAAUAGUGAGGAAAAUUUCGAGGAAGCUAUGAAGGCUGUAAAUAAAUGUAUAAGAAUGAGCGAUAUUCCCGAUAAUGUUAUUAAUAUUUUGAAUGAUGAUCGUUGUGUUAAUUUGACCGCAAAGAGUAGUUCUUUCUGGAUAAUUGCGAAAGCAGUGCGUGAUUUUAUCGAUAAUGAAGGGAAAGGACUGCUACCACUUAAGGGUACUCUACCCGAUAUGACUGCGGAUACUGAGAAAUACAUUACACUCCAACAAAUUUACCAUAAACAAGCAUCUGCAGAUGCGGAAGCCGUAUGGAGACGCACUUUGCAAUUGCUACGUCAAUUGGGAAGACCGUCAGAUUCAAUUUCAGAAAAAGAUGUCAAGCUGUUUUGCAGACAUGUCGCUAACAUUCACGUAGAAAAAGGCAGUUGUAUCGCAGACGAGUAUGAUCCUAAAGUUUUUGAUACUAAUAUUAUAGUUCAAAAUUUAGAGAAUCCCGAGAGUAUGAUGCUUUACUAUGUCAUGCUUCGAGGAGUAGAUAAAUUCCAGGCGGAAUAUAACUCGUAUCCUGGCGAAUUUGAUGAUCAAGUUGAACCCGAUAUCGUGAAGCUUAAAACAUGCCUCACAAAAUUGUUGAGCGAAUGGGGAUGCGGUCCGUUAGCCAAAGACGAUUAUGUGCACGAACUUUGUCGAUUCGGUGGCGCGGAAUUGCACUCUGUUUCUGCGUUUUUAGGUGGUCUUGCAGCGCAUGAAACCAUCAAGCUUAUUACGAACCAAUAUAAGCCCAUUCACAAUACCUUCAUUCAUGACGCAGCCACAUCAAAUUCUGGGACGUUUUUCUUUUAAAACCAUGAACCUGUUAUGUGAAAAAAAAUCUAUGCUAAUUAAAGUGAUAAUACAAUCUUAUAGCUUAA